AUCAAACCCAAUCCAUAGUGCAAUUCUGGAAAAACGCUACACUGUUCUACGCAGCACCUACUGAUUUAGGAAGACGGGGUAGACCAAUAGAAGCAUCUAAUCGGUCGCGACAUCUACCUGGUUGUGUUCGCAAUCUGCUGCCGAAACACCGGACCAGUCUCCGGGGCGGCACAACGGCGAUAGCAUCUUGUUCUUUGAGAUACCAGAGUUGAAUUUGGUCGGAUAGGGCCGCCACUCGGUUUUUGAGUCACCACCAAUUGCGAAGAAUGGCUCGAGACUCGUCCGCAAUAGGAGACGUGCUGCCCAAUAAACCUACCGAGCAGUCACCCCUCUUAAACGGAUCUGGCGAUUCAAAUCGGCAUGGCAGUAUUGGUGCCUAUAACCCCUUUCCGGCGAAAAAGCCGCCUGGGGACUCGACGGGCAGCGUAACGGUGCUUGAGCGUUCCGCCGAGGAUGAAGAAAAUCUAGGCGAGGGCAACGUGGUAGAUGAGCGAACCGACAGGAGCUAUGUUGCGCGCAUCGUCGCGGUCCUACUCAUUGGCAUUUUUGUGGCGCACGCCGAUGGAACCAUUCUUCUGGCAACCCAUCCCAUCAUUGCCUCCGAAUUCAACGACUUGGCCAACUCGACUUGGCUCAUUACCGGCUUCACGUUGGCCGGAGCAGCCACGCAAGCAAUGUACGGCAAACUCAGCGAUAUCUAUGGCCGACGAAUGCUGGUUAUCACGGCAUACCUCAUUUUCGUUCUUGGCUGUACAAUAGUCGCCGCUGGCCAGACGAUGUGGCAAGUUGUCCUGGGCCGAGUCAUAUCCGGUGCGGGAGCCUCCGGCAUGACCGGCCUGGUGUCAAUUUUGAUUACCGAUUUACUCCCAAUCCGCGACGUUGCCCAGUGGCGCGCCUAUGUCAACCUGGUCGCCACUUUCGGCCGGAGCAUUGGAGGUCCCCUUGGCGGUUGGCUCGUCGAUGUUAUAGGAUGGCGAUGGCCCUUCCUCGGCCAAGUGCCCCUGGUCAUGCUUGCUACCUUGCUCGCAGCUAUCUACCUGCCCGGCUCAUCUUCGCCUGACCUAGUAGGUUCUUCGAGCUCUAUCGACAAUGGCUUGCCAAGUCAAAAAGCCAGAUUACGCCGCAUCGACUUCGAAGGCUCCAUCAUCUUUGCCCUCAUGGUCCUGGCACUUCUUCUGCCUAUAGAACUUGGCGGCGACAAGCUCCCCUGGACUCACCCGGCCAUUUUUGUCUUGCUUGGCCUCAGUGGAACCCUGAUAUUUGUGUUUGUCGCAGUGGAAAGGCGGCAAGAGGAGCCAGUCCUACCCCUGGAGAUAUUCCAGAGCCGGGAUGCCGUAUUCUCCUUUCUCAUUCUUGGCCUUCAAACAGCUGCACAGCUUGGGCUCAUGUUUUCGGUGCCCUUGUAUUUCUCGGUCACUGCGCGGGCAUCUAGCACUGCUUCGGGCGCCCACCUUGUACCGGCGGUGAUUGGCAACGCAUUUGGUGGUCUAAUUUCUGGUGUUAUCAUCAAAAGAUCCGGCCGAUACAAGACGCUCAUCGUCCUCGCUGUCGCCCUAUCCGCGUUAGGCUACCUCCUAUUGAUGUUCCGCUGGCAUGGCAACACCAACAUCUGGGACUCCCUCUAUAUUUUCCCCACCGGCUUUGGCACGGGCGUCGUCUAUUCGGCCGUCUUCAUCUCUCUCCAAGCCGUCAUCGACCCAGCGCACAUGGCACCCGCCGUCUCCUUCAUGUACCUGUCGAGCACCGUAGCGCUCACCAUCGGGUUGCCCCUUUCCAACGUGGUCCUGCACACUGUCUUGCGGAAGGGUCUUGGCAGAAGGCUGCCUGCCUUGGGACUAGGAUUGCAGGACGAGGAGGUUCAAAGGAUCAUCCAAAGCACCCUGUCCGACGUCGACUUCGUCGACCGUGUCACGGGCAAGGUCCGCGAUGCCAUUGUUGCUUCAUACAUUGAUGGAUUCUGGUGGAGUCACGGGGUCUCGUUCCUCUUCUCCACUGCUGCCUUUGCCUUGGCGAUAUUCAUUCGGCAGAGGCGUCUUGGAGGACCCGGGGAAUGACUGUCAUGGCAAGCACCAAGCUCAACCCUGAUGUCGAUAAACGGCCGGAGCGGCCUCGAAGAUAUUAACCCUUCCAGUAGCGGCAUGAUGGAAUUGGAACCCGCUGCAAUGGAGAGCAUUGGAGUGCAAAGGGCUAGACAACUGGAAGAUAUGGUCAUCAUGUCUAUGAAAUCUUGCCAUGUUUGUUGAAUAUGGUAUAACCAAGGAAAUACACAAUAAACGGCGAAUUGCAUUGGAGUCGGUGGCAAACAGACUGGUCUGAUGAGGAACUUAGGUGAUGAGAUGGGAAGAACGAGGAAACAUGUAUCAAA